AUGGCUAACUUGUGUCUUCCACGUUACUAUCGUUUUAGUUCCAAUACACGAUCUCAGAUCAAAACUCUUGUUAUGCAAGUAGAUCUUCUAUAUCUCAAUAACUAUUCCAUGCCAAACGUAAAUAUCACCUUUGAAAGUCACACUGCACUCAGCUGCGUGAAGAGUCUUGUUAAAACUUGUGAUUUUGACAUCUAUGACUUGAACACAGGUGUUACAGACCAAUUUUCAGAAAGGAUAAAAUUGCAUUCUAAUAUUACCAAACUAACGCCGGACUUGAACGGUGAAAAUCAUAACACCGUAGAUGCAACAAGAUUCUUUACUGCUGUCUCUAGUUUCAAGAAUUUCAACUUUAGAGAUAUUGAUCAAAGAAUUCAUGAAAAUAAACAUCAUGAUUCCAAGCUAAAAAGAGGAAAGAAGGCAGCCAAAGUAAAGGAGUACCCGAAAUUUCCAUCCUGUUGUAUAUUUGCUUUUAUAACUUCAUUUAUUUUUUUAUUUCUAAUUUUUUACAUUUCUCAUUGUCAUAAAAUUCCACCUUGGGAAAGACAUUCAGUGUCUGAGUCUUUAUCAACAAAGAUAAUUGGUCAGGAUUUAGCUAUUCACCUUGUUGUAGAGUCAUUAACAGAUCACAUUAAGAGUUUAGAGACUAACUAUCCUCAACCACUGGUUUUGUCUUUCCAUGGAGGUGUCGGAGUUGGAAAAACCUAUUUGGCUUCUCUUCUCUAUAAAUAUCUUCCUGAAAAUACUCAAUUAUUUAUAUUUUCUUUCUCACAUCAUUAUAAAUUUGAUUCUACCCAAAAUAGUGAAAACAAACUUUUGACUUGGAUAUAUAGAGAGUUAUCACCAUGUCACUGGAAUAUAUUUAUUCUUGAUGACUUUGAAGAUACAGGAUCUGCUCAACAGAUCCUCACAGAGACUUUAACACAUUUAAAAGGUUCAAAUUUGUAUAAGUAUACUUAUACGCUAUUCAUAAUCAUAAGUACCAUAAACUCUGAAAAUAUAAAUAACAUUGUGUUCAGAAAAGUGCAAAGUGGUCAUCAGAACAAGUUGAAAUUAGCUGAUUUUGAACAUGUAUUUCAAGAAGAUAGCCAAAAUGAAUGGUUUUUUAAAUUACACAAGCAGGGUCUUAUUGAUGCUGUUGUACCUUUCUUUCCCCUUAAUAAAACUAAUGUUUUAGAAUGUAUAAAAGCUGAAUUAGCUAACCAUCAUCAUAUUAUAGAUGAAGACUUUGCAAAGGAGGUAUUGAAGGAAAUUUACUUCAACUCUACUAAGGCCUUCAAUUACGAAUAUUCCAGCUCAGGCUGCAAAAAAGUAUCUGACAAAAUAUAUUUACGGAUGAAUAAAACAUUGACUAAUUAAAUUCA